UAAGGCUGCAUCGGUCUUUCGCUCUGCGUAAUAAAGGGCAAACCGCCUGUAUCAACAUGGACUUCAGGGUGAAACUUUUCCACGAGCGUCCUCCGGUUUACUUGUUGUCCAGAAAAGCUGAGGACACGUGUGCAGCCCAGCCAGGAGACGCCAAAUUGUCGUGGAAAUUACACAACACUUGCAGACUCGUCCUCUGAAGGAUCUUGGAAGAUGUUUAGACGAACCUUGAACAGGACAGAAGAACAUGUUUGUGUCUCUAGGGACUCCGGCUGGAGAAAUGAUGAUGGACCAUGUUGCGGUUCCCGGAGUGAAGGUGUUGACGGUGGACACCAUGAACCCGAAUGUGAAGAAGGUGGAGUACGCGGUGCGAGGGCCCAUAGUGCAAAGAGCUGCGCAGAUCGAAACGGAACUUCAGCAGGGAGUAAAGAAGCCCUUCACUGAAGUGAUUAGGGCGAAUAUCGGAGACUGCCACGCCAUGGGGCAGAAACCCAUCACCUUUUUCAGACAGGUGCUGGCCGUCUGCUCGUAUCCCGAUCUUCUAGAUGACAGCAGGUUUCCAGAAGACGUGAAAAGUCGAGCACGACGGAUCCUUCAGGCCUGCUGCGGAGGGAGUCUGGGAUCUUACAGCAGCAGUCAGGGGAUCGAGCUCGUUCGACAGGACGUAGCGCGAUACAUCGAGAAGAGAGACGGAGGGAUCAAAUGCAAUCCAGACAACAUCUACCUCACCGCUGGAGCCAGUGAUGGCAUUGUGACGAUGCUGAAGCUGCUGAUCUCAGGUGAAGGAUCUUCUCGGACCGGAGUGAUGAUCUCUAUCCCUCAGUACCCGCUGUACUCCGCCGCUCUCGCCGAGCUCGCCGGCGUGCAGAUAAAUUAUUAUCUGGACGAGGAAACGUGCUGGAGUUUGGACGUCCAAGAGCUGCGGCGUGCGCUGGAGGAGGCGAGGAAACACUGCACACCUCGUGCCCUGUGUAUCAUCAACCCCGGAAACCCGACCGGUCAGGUGCAGAGCCGCCAGUGCAUCGAGGACGUGAUCCGAUUCGCCGCUGAAGAAAGUCUCUUUCUAAUGGCAGAUGAGGUCUACCAGGACAACGUGUACGCAGACGGCUGUGCGUUUCACUCGUUCAAGAAGGUGCUGUUUGAGAUGGGUCCGGAGUACUCGGGCCGAGUGGAGCUGGCCUCGUUUCAUUCCACCUCCAAGUGCUACAUGGGAGAGUGUGGGUUUCGGGGUGGCUACAUGGAGGUGGUGAAUUUGGACCCUGAGGUCAAAGUUCAGCUGAUGAAGCUGGUCUCGGUGCGCUUGUGUCCUCCUGUAACUGGACAGGCUUUACUGGACCUGGUGGUGAAUCCUCCUGAACUGCACGAACCCUCAUACGACACCUUCAUUAAGGAGCGCUCACACACUCUGGCCGAAUUAGCAAAGAAAGCUAGCAUGACACAGCAGAUUCUCAAUCAGGUGCCGGGGAUGACGUGUAACCCGGUCCAGGGAGCCAUGUACACCUUCCCUCGCAUCCACAUCCCGCCUAAAGCCGUGUCUGCAGCUCAGGAGAACGGUCAGGCUCCGGACAUGUUCUACUGCAUGAAGAUGCUCGAGGAGAUGGGCAUCUGCCUCGUACCAGGAAGUGGAUUCGGUCAGAAAGACGGAACGUACCAUUUCAGGAUGACGAUCCUUCCUCCGACUCAGAAACUGAAAAUAGUUUUGGAGAACAUAAAGGAGUUUCAUCUGAGUUUCACGCGGCAGUAUGAAUAAAACUCUCCUCCUUGCGCUGAGAGGAUGCAGGACGGCGUUAACUUCAACACAGCGUCUGACCAAUCAGAGUGCCGAACCGUGCGGUAACCUACUUAGUAUUAACGAACACGGACGUGAUGGAACGUGUGUGUGUGUGUGUGUGUGUUGCUAGUGAUGAACUGCUCGUGCUUUUUUACUUUUAGUUUGACCUCAAGAUGGUUUUUAAACAGUAUGUUCGAUAGAGAGCUUGAGGACGGGGCACCGGAUGUCACCCAAUUCUACGAUUUUUAAUGUUGAAUUUUUUUUCCAUUUCAAGAAAAAUAAUAAAUAAACUUCUGUUGUUGAUUUCUGCCCUGA